CUGCAUGGCAGUGAGCUUCUUAGAUACGAGGUAUCCGACCUCUGUCUAGCCAAGCCGGCCCUGAGGUCCCUCUCUGCCUCCGCCACCGUCGCCGAUGCCUUGGAAUCCCUGAAGACCUCGCAGGACAACUUCAUCAGCGUCUGGGACUGCAACCACUCCAAACCCAAUUCACCAGACGGCGGUGGUGUAGGUGGUGGCGGCCAGCUCUUCUGCUGCAUUGGCAAGGUCUGCAUGGUUGAUGUGAUCUGCUAUCUCAGCAAAGAUGACAGCUUGACGUCUCCAUCCGCUGCUCUCAAGGCACCUGUCUCUGAGAUUUUAACCAAAAUUCCUGGCCAUGUUAUGCACGUGGAACCUUCCUGCAGUCUGCUAGCAGCCAUUGAUCUCAUCCUCGAGGGAGUCCAGAACUUGGUGGUCCCAAUCAGAACCAGAAGCAAUUCAAGAAGAAAGCAGCACCCAAAACCCAUCUCUGCCGCCACCACCACUAUCCACAACGGCCAAGAAUUCUGCUGGCUGACACAGGAAGAUGUGAUGAGAUUCCUCCUUAGCUCAAUUGGGCUUUUCUCCCCCCUCCCAGCCAUGUCCAUAGACUCCCUCGGCAUCAUCAGCACCGAUAUCCUGGCCAUCAACUACCACUCAUCCGCCAGCUCCGCCCUUCAGCUCAUCUCCCACUCCCUCUCCCAGCAGACCUCGGUGGCGGUGGUCGACACCGAGGGGGUCCUGAUCGGUGAAAUCUCACCCUUCACCCUUGCUUGCUGUGAUGAGUCAGUGGCUGCCGCCAUCACCACCCUCUCAGCAGGGGACCUCAUGUCCUACAUUGACUGUGGUGGCCCCCCUGAGCACCUGGUAAAAACUGUAAUGCAGAGGCUGAAGGACAGGAAGCUCCAAGGGGUGUUGGAGAAUUACACACUGAGCUCAUCAAGUAGCUAUGCACAUGCAUUGAUGAUGACAUCAUCUUCUUCCGACGAGGAGUCAUCAGUGUCUCCUAACAGGAGCCUGCGGCGGACUAGGUCCGAGAGGUACACCCGGUCGAGCAGCUACUCGGCGAGAAUGGUGAGGAGGGCAGAGGCCAUUGUCUGCCAUCCAAAGAGCUCACUGGUGGCUGUGAUGAUCCAGGCAAUUGCUCACAGGGUGAAUUAUGUGUGGGUUAUUGGGGAUGAUUGUAGCUUGGUGGGAAUUGUAACUUUUUAUGGGAUGUUGGAAGUUUUCAGGGAACAUUUGGAAACCAUGGGUUAGAGAAAGUAGGAAGGGCUUGCCUACACCCGGCCCUCCAGGACGUCACGGUAGGAUCUGAGGGGUGUAGGAGGGUCUAUUUUCUAGAAAUCUUGUUAUUUAGGAGGAGUCUGUGAGUGUACAAGUUUUGGUUUUGAUCAUCAAAAGCGGUUUGGAAUGAAUAAAACCAUGGGGGUAAAAAAAUCCAAGUAAAAACAAAACCGUGAGAUAUGAAUAGGAAGGGAAUUGUGUGCUCUAAAAAAUUCAUGUUUGGUUCUCUAAUGUUAUUCGGGACUCGGGAAUUUA